UCCCGAAAACGUUCCCGGGAGCGCCAUGGGACUGCCGGUGACCGCGGGGGGGUUUGGUCGAGCCGCGGCUGAUGGGAAGGCGGCUUGCAGCGCGGCGACGAGAUCCUGGACCGGGUCGGAGGAGCGGCUGGGUCCGGUAUCCAUUUCCAGCUUCAGGUGUGAAUAAUGUCUCUGAGCUGAUUGGUGCUGCUGUUGGUGUAUCAGUAAUGAUGAUGCUGUGUGCUGUAUUCCUGUAUGUGAGUUGUUUGUUUAGAAAACUGACUCCUUCUCAGUCUGGACGAGGAGAAGCAGCAGGACACGAUGUGGCUGUAUAUCAGGAAGACGAUGAUCAGUGUGCGAAUAAGAAUGCAGCUGGAUCAUCAGAGCUUAUUUACUCCAUUUUUGUGUUUCCAAAUGGGGAUGGAAGUGAAAUACGAGGACUUUCUUCUCUCACUGCUGAAUAUGCGACCAUCAACUACGGCUCCGACAUGGAACAUCAACCAGAGGGAGGGGACACGGAAACGGCCAUGGAAGAAGUUCAGGAAGAAAACAAAAACAAUAUUGACAGUAAAAAUACUCAUGAGGAGGUAAUUUAUGGAAACAUCACAUUUCAGCCAAUGAUGGAAGAAACUCAGCUGGAUUUAAAUGAGGAUGAUGAAGAUGGAGAAACACAACCACAGACUGGAGAAAGAAAGAAUGAAUUUGAAGGUUUUUAAGCACAUUUAAAGGAUAUUAUUCCUGAUAACAUAAAACCCUUUAAUGUUCAAACCACUUGCUCAGGUUUACAAGUCAACAAAGGAGAAGAUGUAAACUUAUAUGUAUUGUGUGGUGAAGUAAAUAACAUAUAUAUAUUUCCUUCAUGCUUCGAGCUCACUUUAAAAGAAUAGAGAACAAAAGUCCAGAUGGAAUUGUGUGGUGUUGAAAAAUGGAAUGGAAUCCAUGUUUGUUGAGGAUUCCUUAGACUGCCCAGAAUAAGUUCCAACCUUCCCUUCUCCAAAACAACCCCAAACCAUGUGUGAGUGUGAGGGUGAGGGGGUCUGAUCACAUC